AGAUGUCUUUUAUGUCUCAUGCUGCUUAUUGCUUGCGUCUCAAAUCUGUCGUCACUGCUACGAGCGUGCUGCAACUGCGCACGUGAAUAGGAAAGCUUAGAACUAUCAAUACACGAUAUUUGCAUUCGGAUUCAUAGGACUCUUAUCAAAUUAUUGCUAAAGAAAAAUUGAUUAUGUUUAGUUUGGUUCUGUAAUAAAAAAUGAAAAAUAAAUUAACACGUAAAAUAAAAGAACAUUCUGUUCAACGGAUAUGAUGCAUCACAUUGAUUGCAAAAAUGCAGUGUGUGGGAUAAUAAUGAAACAACCCGAAUCUUACAUUUUGUGAUCCUUGUUUAAACCGACGGUCAAUUCGUACUUCGGGCCAUCCUGUAUAGUAUGAGCCGACAAUAAACCGAACGAGUACGUUUUUAGUGUAUCUUAGCAGUGGAAGCUGAAAUAAACAAUGUCAGAAGAAAAAAGUGAAAGUUUGAACGAGAAACCAGAGCAGAUUGAAGUUACAGAAGAAAAGAUGAAAAUAAAACUUGACGACAAGAGCAAGCAAAAAUCUAAGCAGGAUGAAUCAGCAGAGAGAUCUAAAGAUGGUCAGCAAAACGGUAACAAUGAGAGUGGAAAUUGCUAUUGUGGCAAGGAGAGAAAUCUAAAUAUUGUGGAGCUACUUUGUGCGAGCUGUUCACGAUGGUUUCAUGAGUCCUGCAUCGGAUAUCAGUUGGGCAAACUUGUACCUUUCAUGAUGAAUUAUGUGUUCAUGUGCAAGAAUUGUUCACCAACCGGCUUAGAGAGCUUCAAGAAGAACCAGGCACCAUUUCCGCAAAUGUGUGUAACAGCAAUCGCAAACUUGCUGCAGAUGUGCCAGAAAGAAAGUGAUCAAAAACUUCUAUUUCACAAGGACAAGGAUAUCAUACCAUUCAUUGAGUGCCAUUGGGAGAGUAUGACGACAAUGCCUCGUAGAGUCACUCAGUCCUGGCAUGUCACGAUCCAGAAAGCGUUGCUCAAGGAUGUCGGAACUCUAUUUACGAUGGAUGACAAUACUUCUGAAGGUCAACUUUUCGGCCUGGCGAAUUCUGAUCUUACAUUAAUUAAACCGAAUUAUGAGGCGAUGAUUAAAAAUGGUCACCUUCGAGCGACAGAAAUGGGUCUACAACACGUCGUACCACUUAGCGGAGGAUUGCGGGGUCGCAAUGCUAAGCGAAAAUUUCCGGGCGAGACGACUGGUACAGGCUCCGGGAAGAAGGGCAGGGGGUCCGACAUGACUACCCCCAAGCUACCAGCUCAUGGUUAUCCAUUGGAGCACCCCUUCAACAAGGAUGGCUACAGAUAUAUCUUGGCAGAGCCAGAUCCCCACGCGCCUUUCCGGCAGGAGUUUGAUGAAAGCAGCGAUUGGGCUGGUAAACCUAUACCCGGUUGGCUGUAUCGUGCUCUUAGUCCGAGCACGGUUUUGCUGGCGUUGCAUGACCGCGCGCCACAGCUUAAGGUAGCUGAGGAUAGAUUGGCGGUCACUGGAGAAAAAGGAUAUUGCAUGAUCAGAGCCACGCACAGUGUAAGCAGAGGCACUUGGUACUGGGAAGCCACGAUUGAGGAAAUGCCAGAGGGAUCCGCAACGAGGCUCGGAUGGGGACAGGAGUACGCAAACCUGCAAGCUCCACUUGGUUAUGACAAGUUUGGUUACUCGUGGAGAUCCAGAAAGGGUUCACGCUUCUACGAAAGUCGAGGCAAACAUUACAGCAGUAGUUACGGCGAAGGUGACACCUUGGGUUUCCUCAUAAUCCUGCCGGAUGCACACGAUGCAUCGCACAUUCCGAAUACUUACAAAGACAGACCUUUAGUGAAGUUCAAGAGUCACCUGUAUUACGAGGAAAAGGACCAAGUGCAGGAGGCCCUUAAAGCCCUGCGAUUUCUGAAAGGCAGCAAGAUUGUCUACUACAAGAAUGGGGUCAACCAAGGCGAUGCUUUCAUAGACAUCAACAAGGGCGCUUACUAUCCUGGGAUCUCAAUUUACAAGAGUGCGACAGUAUCCGUGAAUUUCGGACCAAACUUCAAGUGUCCGCCACCUGAUGUUGCAUUUAGAGGCAUGCAUGAAAAAGCAGAGGAGGCGAUAGCCGAGCAGUCGAUGGCAGAUAUGCUUUAUCUCACCGAGAACGAAGGCAAACUAAGACUCGAUACAUUCGUGUUGUGACAUUAGUGCAUCUUUUUAUUUUCGUAUUUUUCGUUGUGCGUUAUUAAUAGAAAUUGUUAUGAUUGCAGAGUUUA